CAUAUCAAAGGUAAGUCUAGAGAGGCCAUGGCCCCAGUCUGGUGGAAGGCAUGGCAUGGACAGAUUGCGAAGGGAACUCUGCUGGUGCUGAGGAAGUGGAUUUGUCUUCCUGAACAGGGAGAAUCUGAAUAUGCCACAUUGAAGGACUUGACCGUGUUAAAUUACGACUAAACAUCCAAAGGACACUAACUGGUACCAGACCUCUGUUUGGUCUAAGAUGCCCACCCUCCUUUCCAAAACAAGAAUCAGGUCUUGACGCACUGACUGGUCACAGAGUCAAAGUGUAAAAAGAUUCCCACGAUGUAAGCACUACGGGACUGAUACGAUGCUGCCUCUUGUGUUUAACCAUCGGAGCGGCUACAAUUUUCUGUGCUGAGAUCAUUCUGGAAACGCAAACGCUAGACUUCAGCAUUGAAGGGAAGCCAAAGUCAUCAGAGGGGGGAUAAGCCAAGAGCCUUUCUUUGAACAAACAAAUAAGUUCCAAAAAUUUCGCUGCCCCCUCCCUACGCGCCCCCCGCCCCCCGCCCCCAAAGAAGCCAUUGCACACAGGCAGGCAGCAUGGCGAGCAAGCGGAAAUCUACCACCCCGUGCAUGGUUCGGACGUCACGGGUGCUAGAACACGAUGUGCCCGAGGAAGGGGACAGGGCCAAAGGGAAAGGGACCAGCACGCCGCAGCCUGAAAUGGCCAGCUGGGCAGCGGAACCUGAACACUCUUCCAAAGAAAACGAAGUGAUGGAGGUGAAGUCAACGGGCGAGAACCCAUCCAAAAAGCUCCAAGGCGGUUAUGAGUGCAAGUACUGCCCCUACUCCACCCAGAACCUGAACGAGUUCACGGAGCACGUGGACCUGCAGCACCCCAACGUGAUUCUCAACCCCCUCUACGUGUGCGCUGAAUGUAACUUCACAACCAAAAAGUACGACUCCCUGUCUGACCACAACUCCAAGUUCCAUCCCGGGGAGACCAACUUCAAGCUGAAGCUGAUCAAGCGCAAUAAUCAAACUGUCCUGGAGCAGUCCAUCGAAACCACCAACCAUGUCGUGUCCAUCACCACCAGCGGCCCCGGGGGCGGGGACGGGGACCCUGGGAUCUCAGUGAGUAAGACUCCCAUCAUGAAGCCAGGGAAACCGAAAGCGGAUGCCAAGAAGAUGCCCAAGAAGCCCGAGGAGGCCGCAGCCGAGAACCACGUGGAAGGGACCGCCCGCCUGGUGACAGACGCAGCUGAGAUCCUCUCGAGACUCGGAGGUGUAGAGCUGCUGCAGGAGUUAGGACACGUCAUGCCUUCUGUCCAGCUCCCACCAAAUAUCAACCUUGUCCCCAAGGUCCCCGUCCCAUUGAAUACUACCAAAUACAACUCUGCCCUGGACACAAACGCCACCAUGAUCAACUCCUUCAACAAGUUUCCUUACCCGACCCAGGCAGAGCUGUCCUGGCUGACAGCUGCGUCCAAACACCCUGAAGAGCACAUCAGAAUCUGGUUUGCCACCCAGCGCCUAAAGCACGGUAUCAGCUGGUCCCCAGAGGAAGUGGAGGAGGCCCGGAAGAAGAUGUUUAAUGGCACCAUCCAGACAGUGCCCCCGACAAUCACUGUGCUGCCCACCCAGCUGGCCCCCACAAAGAUGUCACAGCCCAUCCUCCAGACAGCUCUACCCUGCCAGAUCCUCGGCCAGACCAGCCUGGUGCUGACGCAGGUGACCAGCGGGUCAACCACGGUCUCUUGCUCCCCCAUCACGCUUGCUGUUGCCGGGGUGACCAACCAUGGCCAGAAGAGACCUUUAGUGACUCCCCAAGCUGCCCCUGAGCCCAAGCGCCCACAUGUCACUCAGGUGCCAGAGCCCCCGCCCAAGGUGGCCAACCCUUCGCUGACCGCAGCCAGCGACCGCAAGAAGACAAAGGAACAGAUAGCCCAUCUGAAGGCGAGCUUUCUCCAGAGCCAGUUCCCCGACGACGCUGAGGUCUACCGACUCAUCGAGAUGACGGGCCUUGCCAGGAGCGAGAUCAAGAAGUGGUUCAGUGACCACCGGUAUCGGUGUCAAAGGGGCAUCGUCCACAUCACCAGCGAAUCCAUUGCCAAAGACCAGAUGGCCCUUGCGAACUCCCGACAUGGUCGCACGUACCACGCCUACCCAGACUUUGCCCCACAGAAGUUCAAAGAGAAAACACAGGGUCAGAUUAAAAUCCUGGAAGACAGCUUUUUGAAAAGCUCUUUUCCAACCCAAGCGGAACUGGACCGGCUGAGGGUGGAGACCAAGCUGAGCAGGCGGGAGAUCGACUCCUGGUUCUCGGAGCGGCGGAAGCUCCGGGACAGCAUGGAGCAAGCCGUCUUGGAUUCCAUGGGGUCUGGCAAAAAAGGCCAGGAUGGGGUAACCCCCAACGGUGCUCUGUCUCGACUCGACCAGCUCUCCAGUGCCCAGCUGGUCAGUUCUCUGCCCAGCCCUUCACCAGCAAUUAUAAAAAGUGAAGAACAGGUUCAUCUCCUGAGGAGCACGUUUGCAAGAACCCAGUGGCCCACACCGCAGGAGUACGACCAGUUGGCAGCAAAGACUGGCCUGGUUCGAACUGAAAUCGUGCGUUGGUUCAAGGAGAACAGGUGCUUGCUGAAAACUGGGACCUUGAAGUGGAUGGAGCAGUACCAGCAGCAGCACGUGGCGGAGGACCACGGCUACGACACCCUGUCCAGGAAAGCCGCCAAAGCCGUCGUCACCGACAGCCCAAAGAACGGGAGCGAGGUGGGUCCGCAGUACCCCAAGGACCCCAAAAAGCUCUGCGAGGAGGACUUGGAGAAGUUGGGGCCCAGGGUGAAAGUGGGCAGCGAGCCAGCAAAGGACAGUUUGCCGGCAAAGCCCUCAGAGGCCACCUUGGACAGGUCAGAGGGCAGCAGCCGAGAUGACCAGGGCAGCGACGAAAACGAGUCAGGCGUUGUGGACUGGGUGGAGGUGACGGUCGGGGAGGAAGACGCCACCUCUGACCGCUCGGACAGCUGGAGUCAGACCGCCGCCGAGGGCACCGCGGAGCUGGCCGACUCGGACUCCGACAGUGUCCCUGCCGAGGCUGGCCAGGCCUGAACAGGGAAGUCGUCGGAACGGCUGUGCUGAUACAGGGGACGCUCUGUCUCUGAAGAGAGGAGAGAACUUCCCUCCCGGGCCUGCGGUGGGCCACCUGGCCAGAGGCUCCCAAGCAGAACUACUUAGCUGGCCUGUCCCUGCAGGGCCGGGCACCCAGCCGCAUCCCAGGCGCCUCCCAGAGGACCGGUGGGAAUUGUUCAUCGUGCCAAAGUCCUACUACUGCGUUUCCCGUGGGUCCUUGUAAAUAGUUGGCUCCUCUGCCCUGUCCCCCACCUCUUGCUCUACUGGACGAUGCGGGAAUUUUGCUACCUUUUUAAUCGAGGGCAAUUUCCAUCUCCAGCAUUACCAUCGGAAGGUUUUUCCCAGGAGGGAAGGGCUGAUCUCGUGUGCUUUCUUUCUUUCUUUCCUUUUUAAUUUUUAUUUUAUUAAUUUGGGGGAGGGAGUAAUGUUAGCAUUAGUGCCAUCAUAUCUACUGGACUUUAGGUAGGGAGAGUUCGUUUUUAAAGGUAGUUUGACAUUUGGGAGAUUUCUCCAGGAGAAGGCAUCGGUCUGAACUUGGAGAGAGUUUACAGAUGGCAGAUCUCCGGAAUAAAAUCCAUUUCCACUUCUUGCCCCAGCCGCCUCCGGGGUCCCUGGGUAGCCACGCACGGGGCUUUCUGAACGGCCUCUUCGAGGGCUGGCCUCUUCGAGGGCUGGCCUCUCCGCCAGCCCCGGGGCCCAGCCGGCCCUGGGAGACCCGGGAGCAGGUGGCUGGCGUUAUGCAGCACCUUUUCAGAAAGAUGCCCACUUUGUUAGCAUCAUCACGGCUUCUAUGAAAUUAAAACAAAAAGAGAUCUUCCUGUCUAGAUGGUACACAGAUGAACCAUUUUGGUUUCCAUUUCUGUUCCUAACUGCCUUUUUUCAGUGUGGUAUUUGACAAGAUUUCAGCUUGAAGCCUCACCAUGAAUUGAUUUGUUUGUUUGUUUGUUUGUGCGUUUGUUUUGGGCCAAUUUUAGAUUCCUGAGUGCACUUUUUUUUCCUCCCAGUUAGUCCUAACUUUUAAAGAAGAAAAACCAAGAGACCUAUCUGGUGUAAAUGUUGCAAUAUGAAUUGUGAUUGCAGCCCACCCACCCCACUUGAGUACAUUGCACAAAGAAAACGCUAGGGAGUUUGGAAAGAAAACGAUUUUUCUAACUUGUUAAAGCUCCUUUGUUGUAACUCAAUAAAGCAAAGA